GAUACUCCGAAUAAAUCGUAGUUCUGCAAAAAAGGAAAUGCAAAAAUUACAUGUCUCUCAACUGACAAGUUCAUCCUCAACCUGAACUUUCAAGUGCCACACUUUCAUUUGUUCUUUUUGCAUUGUAUCGAACAGAAAACAUUGGCAUUCCAAAGACGGACAACGCUCACUGUAGAGUUUGAACGGAAAAUGAAUGUUUACGAACCCAAUUCAGAGCUAUACUAGUAUUCAAAUCUGAAAUUUGGGGAUUUCGAAGCGCGUUGUCAGAGGCAAACCCAUCUCUGGAUUUUUGGGGUGUGUUAUUUGAUUGAUAGAUAUCCUGCUUUCCUUCUUUAUGCGUGUUUUUUUUAGUUGGGUGUUUGAUUUAAACAAGUGAAUGUACUUGGGUUCUGGUGGAUUUGAAGUGUUGCUUGUAGAGUUCGAGAUUGUGAUUCAAUUCAGGAAUCAGUUUGACUGGAAUUUCUUUGAUUGGAGUUUUUGUAAGACAUUGGAUUUUCAUAGAAAUAAAAAUGCGGUUUCGAGGUGGUUUUGUCGUUAACGUUUUUGCUCGGAGUAUGGAAUGAUUUUUUGCUGGUAUUUUUACGAUUGGUUUUAUAGAUGGAGACCGGAUUUUGAAGCAAAUGAAAUGUGGUUCACUGGUUUGCAUAUGGAGUUUUCUGUUUAAUGUGAAUAAUAAUCGAGUUUGCUUGCUUGAUUUUGUAAAGAGAUUUGAUUGCAUUUCGAUAGUCAGGAGCUAUUUUAGGAUUUGAGACUAUAUACUUGUUAGUAGAGUGAAAUUUAAGCACCGAGUUCAGUCUUGGGAACUAAUUUGUUCUCAAGUUUUCUGUUUGGGCCCCAGUUUUUAUGAAACACAAGGUUUUUGUUUUCUUUCUUGUUUGAGCAUUCCUUCUGAUAUCACAGCUUUUAGAUUUGAGCGAAGUAGAUUUUACCUCGUGAGAUUGAUUUGAUAUAGAAUUGCGGGUGUCUUUUAUGUGAAUGACAAGGAGCUUGUAGACACAGACAGAAAAAAGGGGAUUGCAAAGUGAAAUUAUUUGUAUUCAAAUAAUUGAACUACAAAAGAAGCAGGUUAUGAUUUCUAUGACUAAUGUGGACAUGGUUUUCACAAUAUAGUUUUUGAGAGUGGUUUUGUAAUAAAGGAGAUGAAAAGUGUGGUUGUGUGCUUGGAAGUACAAUGACUGGAAGGUCAUUGAGUCUACGAGGAAGCUAUGGGUCAUCACAGUCUUCAGCAAAAUUUCCAGCCAUUGCACGGAAAUCUUCUUCAAAGAUGCUUAUACCAAGUCUGAGGGAGAAAGAGCGCGUUCUCCCUGUUAUUUGUGGGUACUUGGGGCAAAGAAGGGUUGCAAUGAUACUUUUGGUUGCACUUGCUCUCCUAGUUUUCAUUUGGGGUUCCAUUACGGUUAGCAAAGAAAGCACAAAUUCAAAUGCUAAAGAAUCAAAUGACCCUUCACUUGAUGUUCACACGGUGCUAAAAUUUAAAAUGAGUGAUUAUUCUCCUCUCCAUCAACAUGCUGGUGCAGCUAGUGGUUCAUCAGAACAUCCAUGCAACAAAUUUGCACUCCCUCCUCCCCCUCCACCUGUUGGAAGACAGCUUGGACCACGUCCCUGUUCAGUUUGUUACAUACCUCUGGAGCAAGCAAGAGCUAGGAUGCCACGUUCUCCAUCAGUAUCACCAGUGCUUCGGAAUCUAACAUAUGUUGUUGAUGAAAACCCACUGAAAACUGAACCUCAUGGAGGUUCCAAUUUUGGUGGAUAUCCUUCUUUAAAGCGGAGGAGUGAUUCUUUUGAUAUACGAGAGUCAAUGACAGUGCAUUGUGGAUUUGUCAAAGGACGUAAACCAGGUCACCAGACUGGAUUUGAUAUUGAUGAAGCUGAUCUUAUGGAGUUGGAGCAGUUUCAUGAAGUCAUUGUUGUAUCAGCUAUAUUUGGGAACUAUGACAUAAUCCAACAGCCCAAGAACAUUAGUGAAGCAUCAAGGAAAAAUGUUCCUUUCUACAUGUUUGUUGAUGAAGAGACAGAGACAUAUAUGAAGAAUUCUACUGUCCUGGAUAGCAGUAUGAAGGUUGGAUUAUGGAGGAUUAUUGUUGUCCAUAACAUUCCUUACAAUGACACAAGACGUAAUGGAAAGGCAUCAAAGCUGGGGCAGGGAUUGCUUGCAACACGCAGGUUACCUGAAGUCCCAAAGCUUCUGUUGCAUAGGAUCUUACCCAAUGUUCGAUAUUCCAUAUGGAUUGAUGGAAAACUCCAGCUUGUUGUGGAUCCCUAUCAAGUUCUUGAGAGGUUCUUGUGGAGCCAAAAUGCUAAUUUUGCAAUCUCAAGACAUUACAGGCGCUUUGAUGUGUUUGAAGAGGCUGAAGCUAACAAAGCUGCUGGAAAGUAUGACAAUACCUCCAUUGAUUACCAGAUUGAAUUUUAUAAAAGGGAGGGCUUAACAUCAUACUAUAGUGCUAAGUUUCCAAUAACUAGUGAUGUUCCAGAAGGUUGUGUUAUUAUAAGAGAACAUGUCCCCAUUACAAAUCUUUUCACCUGCUUAUGGUUCAAUGAAGUUGAUCGGUUUACUUCUAGGGAUCAGUUAAGCUUUUCCACAGUACGGGAUAAAAUUAUGGAAAAAGUUAAAUGGAGCAUUAAUAUGAUUUUGGACUGUGAAAGGCGUAAUUUUGUGAUUCAGGCUUAUCACAGAGACUUAUUAGAGCACAGGUCCCCUCCUGUUACCCCUGUUAUUCCACGUAGGCCGCCUCUGAACCGCGAUAGUGGAACUGGAAGGACUCCAGGGAAGAAUCCUAGGCAUGGGAGGUCUAGGAGAUCUAAUCCAAGACAUCACCGCAAGUCUGUUGCUGGUAAUAGGGACAAGCAAGUCAUUUCACAGGCAAGAAAAAUUUAACCUUUUCUUCCUGUUUCUACUCCAGGGAAUAGGAUUUGUUUACAAGUCUUAAGAAUGAUCAAAAGGUCACGAGUCUCAAAAUUUUGUUUCCAAAUUGUUGAUAUCUGUUGAUUCUUUUAUUGUUGUAAAUACAUCCAACCAAAUAAUUACAUACAAACUGCAAUGAUUCCUUGCCAUUUGAUUUA